UCAUUCGCUACGAAAUGAUCGAAUCCGUCUUAAGAGUAAAGUCUGUUUUACAAGAUUUUAUCAGAGAACCAACUAAGGAUUACGACUUAGUCAUGGAAAAUCUGCUUAUUUUAGAAAGACUAGAUAUGUCCCUGAGCGUUCUUCAAGAAACUGAAAUUGGGAAGGUGAUAACUCGGUUAAAGCGUUAUGUAAAAGAACACCAGAGUGCAUCUGAAUUGAUAUCUAGGCUUUUGCUAUUGUGGAAGCAGACGGCUCUGAGGCAGCUGAGCCAACAAACGCAAAUUAUAGAUGCUGAAAGUCAUUCCGUGCCCAAUAAGAGAUACAAAACUGAAGGUAAAACUGAUAUUCUGAAUAAUGAGUUGAGGCCGGCUAAGAAUUUUUGCGACUCUUCGUGUGAAGCCAUGGCUUCUUCAAAUGACAAACUACAAGAAAACAGGAACCCUCUCGUAGACAAAUACGAAUACACUGUUCCCGCCAAUAACAAGCGCCGUACCCUGUUUAACAAUUUAUUCAUGACGCUGAAAACACAAUCUCUUUUACCCCAUUUGCACGAUUCAGAAAUAUUCUGCCACAAUUUGGCCAUAGUGAUAGAAGAGGCUGUGUACAACCGAUAUAAGGACAUGGAUGAAUAUAUUGAUCAGCUUCAAUCCAUACGUUUUAACCUGAGCCAAAAUAAGAAAUUACUAAAUGAUAUUUGCACUGGCGUUUUAGCGAUACAGAAGCUGGCGACCAUGAGUUCCGAAGAGCUGGCGACAGAAGAGGUUCGAAAGAAGAGAGAAACGAUCAUUGAAGAAUCUACGGCAGCUAGACAGCAGCCAAAAUUGGAGGCCAAUUGUUCGACUGAGCCCUGCUUAAAAUGCGGUUCUAAUAAAGUCCACGUUACGCAGGCUCAGACAAGAUCAGCGGAUGAACCUAUGACUCAAUUCUUUACUUGUACGAAAUGCUCAAAGAAAUGGAAAAAAUGA